UUACAGAUCACACUGUUGAAACAAAAUAUUGGUUCAAUUUUUUGUCCUCCUGGAAGCUCAAGUUUAGAUUCCAAACCAUCAUCAAUGAGAGCAGGUACUAGUAAAAAAUUGUCUGAGGAGAUCAAGAAUGGAGAUGAAAUGCUGAAUAGUGUGUUGAACCCAAAAUUUCUAGAGAUGCAUAAUGCACAAGUUCUUUGUGGACCCAUCAAACUUGCC